AAAGGGGCCGGCACCGCUCUCAGCCCCGGCCCCGCCCCGCUCGCCCCUCCCGGCCGGGCAGCGCCGCCAUGGCGCUGGAAGUGGAGCCGUCCGCGGCUCCCCUCAGCUCCUUCCUGAGGGACUUCCCGGCGCCGCUGGGCCCGGGGGAGCCGCUGCCGUGGAGCUCCGCGGGGAGCGGCGCGCUGAGCAGGGCCGAGGUGCCGGGCAUGCUGGCCGAGCGAGCGAGGAGCCUCCUGGGCAGCAGCAGAGAUGUUUCACCACUUCUUGCAGCAUCAUUGAUCCAUGCUGCAGUUGAUGAAGUUCUCCAAAAAGACUUGACUGAAUUUAAGCUGCAAAAUGUGGAAACAGAGGGAGAAGGAGAUGAAGAAAGGUUCACCUUGCUGGAUGGGGAGUCGCUGCAGCGCUGCUUUUUUAACAAGCUGCGGGACGUGUGCUCCGAGUGGCAGAAGCAGCUGCCGCCGCUGAGGCCCCUGGCGCGCUUCCUGCUGGUGUCCAUCCACGCCAUCCGCAACGCGCGGCGCAAGAUGGAGGAUCGCCACGUCCUGCUCCCGGAGUUCAAUCAGCUCUUCGGUCUCUCAGAUGAUGUUGAUCGCGCUUACUUUGCGGUGUUCGAUGGCCAUGGUGGAGUGGAUGCUGCCAAUUACUCAGCAACCCACUUACAUGUAAACGUUGGGUUACAUGAAGAGAUUGUUAAGAAUCCAGCUGAAGCCUUGAAAUGCUCUUUCCGGAAGACAGAUGAAAUGUUUCUCUUCAAAGCCAAAAGAGAGAAGCUGCGGAGUGGCACAACAGGUGUGUCUGCAUUGAUUGUAGGGAACAAACUACACAUAGCAUGGCUGGGGGACUCUCAGGUGAUGCUGGUGCAGCAAGGGAAAGCUGUGACAUUAAUGGAACCUCACAAACCAGAAAGAGAAGAUGAGAGGGCAAGGAUUGAGACUCUGGGUGGCUGUGUAACCUACAUGGACUGCUGGCGGGUUAAUGGUACCUUGGCUGUUUCCAGAGCAAUUGGUGACAUCUGCCAGAAGCCCUAUGUCUCUGGUGAUGCAGAUGGAGAUUCCUUUGAGCUGACUGGCUCAGAAGAUUACCUGCUCCUUGCCUGUGAUGGAUUCUUUGAUGCCAUCAAGCCCCAUGAGGUUGUAGACUUGGUCCUGGAUCAUUUGAUGCAGACCAAAGGAGUGGGGCUCAAAGCAGCAGAGAGACUGGUGGCUGCUGCCAAGGAAAAUGGAUCCAGUGACAACAUCACUGUUCUGGUGGUCUUCUUGAGGGAUCCUCAGGACAUCCUGGCAGACUGUCUCAGAGACUCUAAGAGCCCUAGGGCUGAUGAUGAUGCUCAGAGCUCACCCUUUAACUUCCUCAGCUGUGAGGCAGCAGCCGCACAGUGACAAAAUCUGUUUAGUCCAGAAGGUUCAAGUAAGUUCAUUUAAGGAACUGCUUUCCAUUGAAGAAGCCUCUAAUACAGUGGGCAAAAUAUAUCAGGAAAAAAGACAAAUGGACAAAUGUGGAACAGAAAGGCAAGACCCCUUUUACUGAGUUCCUGUUUGUCUUUCCCUUCUCCCUUUUUUCCCCCAUCCCCUCAAAAAACACUGAGCGGACGUGGAGAUUUGUACAGCUAUUUCAUCUCUGGGAGCAGACACUGAAGUGUGUCCCAGGGCUGUUGGUCAUAUCCCUCUGUCCUGGAAGGGUAAGAAACCAUACUAGGUAUAAGCUAAUGGAUGAGAAUAUGCAUUUCAUGAAUUCUGAGUGAAAAUUUGAAUUAGUGCUUUAAAAGAGCACUGUAUGUUGUACUUAACUGUGAUGUUACUUUGGAAGUUGGAGGGGAAAAGCUGUCCCCACCACAGAAAAGCUUCUUCCUGUGUGUGGGGUGCAGGGACUGGGUGGCACCAGUGUGCUGUGUAAGGUGCUUUUGGUUUGUACCAAAGAUAGUACAAGAAUGAUGUGGCCUCUUUAUUCAAACAUAAAUAUUUAACAUUGGUGUGUAUGGAGAGGAGAAAAUAAAACUGGAUGCUCCAGAAAAGCAGGAAAACUAGCUAGAAAUAUCACAGGGAAAAUGACAGAAAAAUCAACUGCUUUCUGGGAUGCUCUGGUUUAUAAACUGGAAUCUGGUAUUUACUGCACUGAAUUAUUUCUCCCUAACAAACAUGCUUAUUGGCUAUUUGGCAACCUGAAAAGACCCCUCUUGUGGUAUUUGAGAGAGAUCUUUACAGUUUGUGUGCUCAAGCAGGUAAAUGUCCUCUUCCUGCCACUAUUUUGUGUACUAUAACAAAGGAGGAAUUUAUUUUUCUUGUGUUUAUUUGUUAAUUUUCUGAACUUUACAUUUGACAAAUGUUUUGCAGUGUUACUUUAUUUUGUUGUGGUUUUUAUUUAAACUGGAAUUUUAAAGUGGCUCUGUCUUUAUUAUCUGGUGUAAAAAAACUGACUACCCUCAAGUGCCUUAAAUAUUUCACCCAAGGAUUUCUGGCUUCCUAUCAUAGUCUGGUGAGCCAGUUCCUAAUUUUUUAAAUGUGACUUUUUGUUUUCAUUGAUGCACUUAAAUGUUUCAGUGUGUGAAUUAUUUAGUGGUAACUAGGUUUCAAGAAAACAUCUUUCACUGUUGCCAAAUCUUGUGGUUUGUAGUAAAAGCUUCACUGUGACUUACUCCCUGCUCUGUGCAGAAUCCUUUAGAGGUUUAAUCAUAAAGUAACAAUCUGAGUAAUUAUUUCAUUUAAAAAGUAACUUCUGACCUUCACAAAAAAAAUUAGUAACACAAACUAGAAACAGUUUAGUAACAAUAUUUUUUUCAUAAUGGAAGGUUAAUUUGGCCACACUUAAUGAAUGUUUUGGGUCAGAAUGACUUUCUAAGAACUGUGAAGCUCAGAGGAUGAAAGAAGUGUAAUGAAUAUGUGAGGGUGUUUGCACAACUGCUCUAUUCAUGACGUGCUAGAGCCUGUGGUUGUGUUUUGUCUUGCCUGGCUAGCAGGACUCAACAAGAUCUGAAGGCUCAAUGGUAAAUUUGUUAUUAAUUUCAGUGUCUAAACAAGAAGUGCUUUGCAUCUGGCAGCAAGAUUGUAUGCCACAUUUAGAAGCACAUGUCAUUGCAAUAUGUCAGUCCUAUUGAUUAAAAUAUGGUGAGCAUUAAUGUUGCCUGGGGAGGAAGCUGAGGUAGAAGACUGAAUGGCUCAGAGGAAGAACAGAGCAGCACUGUCUGUGUCCCCAGUCUCUGGAUCCUCUGCUGAUGUGGGAUGGUGCAGUGACCCCAAGGCUUUUGCUGGAAUUACUGAGGAUGAUCUGGCAGUUUUUAAUGUAGGAACUCCUCAGUGACCUCCUCUCUCACCACACAGCAGCUCAGACAGCAACUGCCUUGUUUUGGCACAGGGGCUUUUCUGCUGAGAAGGUUGAAAGCAGUUUUCCACCCUACAUUUUGGUGUCUUAAAAUGUAUGGGGAAGGAUUUCCAUUAUGGCAGCCUGGUGACAUGGGCAUCAGUGUUUGUAGUGAACCUUCUUCAGUUAAGGAAGCCCUUAGGCUUGUUCAGUGAUCUCCUUGGAUUUAUCAACUCCUCUGUCAUUGAUUUCUAGCCAGAUAUUCAAUUCCAUGCUAAAACCUUAUGACCACUAGUGCCUCUUGGUGUCUUAGAAAUAGUUCUAUUAUUAAUAUAGUAAGAAUCAUGCAGAAUUGAUUGCUAUCUGAGGGUUAUCAGGAGAGGGGAAAAAUAUUGUAUUUAUGAAGGAAGGUGUGAAAUAUUGGUAAGUUCAUGAUAUUGGAUUAGUUUCUGAAAUUUGCAAAAUUUCCUCAAAGGUGAAAGGAAAGCCUAACUCUUUGCAAUGUUUUUUUUUUCUACCUUUUCUGGGCAGAUGUGCAUUACAGAGGAAAGAAAGUCCUAAGUCUUUUGGUGGAUGCUUGCAGCUAUGUGAGAAAAUUGGGUUUUGUUUCAAAUUUUAUAAUUUCUGUAUUAUGGGAGCUAAGUGAAGUGGGCCUUUAGAAAGCUGUCUGUGGCAAUCAUAAAAUCUAAUUCUCAAGCAAUGCUCUAGGGAAGAAAUUCUGCAUUCUUAGAAGCUGUUCCCUUACAUUUGCAUUCAUUCUGACUGACAUAGUGCUUAAUUUCUUUGAGGUGUAAAUGAAUAGGAAAAGUCUUUGAGAAGUCAGAGAGAUUACAGCAUGGAUUAAAAGUAUUUCUCUCAUUUUCAGAUACGUCUUACUAGCUAUAUAAAGUCUGGUCAGGUCAACAGAAAUUGUAAUGGGUCAAAAAAGGCAGUUUGUAUCCCAUAGCUAGAAUAAGUAAUUCCUGAUGUGUCAUCUACAGGAAAAUCCCAAUACAUUUUGGGGGAAAGCUGUAGAAAUUAGCUGAAGGAUUCAAGACAAAUGUUCAAUAAUUUUCAUGCCUUACUAGACUACAAAUUGAUGUUUGCUGAGUGCAUUUUAGCACUCAGUAGAAGAAAAAUUGCUCUUUAGAGGAGCCUGAAAUUUUAAAACAGAGCACACUUAAAUUCUUUUGUUGUUUUGCUGGAAACUGACUUCAGUUCUUCUGUUUAGUGGGUAUCUGACAUCUCUUUUGCUUAUGGGUAAUUCAUGCUUCUACCUUCCUUUCCUUCCCCAUCCUCUCCUUCCAAGCCACACACCUAACACAGUGAAUAUUCUGGGUCUGACAGAUACAAGAUGAAAGUUUUGCAAAUAACAUUUGUUUGGGGGGUUCAUUUUGGCUUUUUUUUUUUUUCCAGAGAACACGGACUAUAGAAACGCAGGAAAAUUCUUAGAACAGAGAGAGAUUAAGUAAAAUCCACCCUCUGAGUGAUGGAGGAGUGAAAGAGAGAGACAGGAAUGCAUUUAAGUAUUAUUAAUGCCUAUUUUAAAAAGGAAGUGGGCUGGAAAAUAGAGAUACAAAUGUCAGUUCUUUAGAGUGAAAUACCAGUGCUUGAAAGAAUUAGAAACACACCCAUUAAAAAGGCAGAGCUCAGCUGUGGUAACUCUUGUCUUCAAACAGCCAAAGAAGGAAUAGCACUAAAGUGCCCAAGGUGACUUACUGUGACCCCUCAACACUCCCAUGACAGCUAAUGCUCCUAAAUGGAUUUUUCCAAACAUCCUCCUGUGCUAAGAGGGAGCACCCAGCCUCUGCAGUUCCUGGUCACUGUGCAAGUGCUGCUGUGAGUAAACCUGGAGUGUGUUAAUGAGUGGAGGGGAUGGUGAGCCCUGCAGGAUGAGUAAUUGGGCACUGAGUGGUUACAGCAGUGCUUGCAGCUGAGUAGUGUUAAUCACAGUGAUGACUUUAAUAGCAUUUAAUAGACACUUAUCUCAAUUCAAAGUCAGAUGUGAUACUGCUCUUUAAAAAAGCAUUUCCAGUGCCAUUAACCUUCUGUCAUGAGGAGCCACUAAAAUUUCCACUUUUCUGUUGGAUGUUGGGAAAAGUACUUCUCUUGUUUUCUGAAUUCUGGAGAUAAGUUGGCUGUCUGCACUGAAAACCUGUGUUCAGUUGAUACCUUAAAUCAGUUAUUUGGGGUUGAAGCUUCCUUUCCAGGCAAAAAAAAAACAAAAAAAAAAAAAAAAACAAAAAAAAAAAAACAAGAAA